UUAAACACAUAACAUUUGAGAGUCAAUACCAUAGAUUAUACACUUAAUAUAUUUGAGAGUCAAUACUGAACACCUACAUACAUGUCUAAAUAGUGUUUUACUGUUUUUAGUGUUUGUAAUUUUGUAUGAAAUCUGUGAAUUGUAUGUGUAUGAAUUGUUCAUGUGCUUACUGAACAAUAGUGCAAAUUUGUAAAUUGCACCAACAUUUAGUUAUAACUGAGAUAUAUUUUAGAACUUAUGGUCUCCCAGUAAUCGAUUUAAAAUGUUUGAAACAACUAAGUAAAGUUCAAAAAUAUGUUUUUAUAACUUACUUCGCUCUCUAUCUUGUUAAAAAUGAGUGCUAAUUCACUGUUGUUUUCUAUCAAUAAUGAAGGAAAAGUUUAUGCAUUGUCAACAAAUGGGUCCUGUUGGAGAGAAUUCAUGUACCUGGGCUUGGAAUUCAAAGCAUUAUCUGCAGUACCUCACUUUCUUUGGGCUGUAGGAGGAGACAGACAGAUUUACCUUCACGUUCAUGGUUUAGAAAUACCAAUUCGUGUUAAAGAAGAAUCAUAUGAGAAUGAGAGGUGGCUGCCAAUGGAAGGAUUUAGUGGGCGCCUUUUACCUACAGACCGCUAUCAUUUUUCAUCUCAGGAUGGUACAAAAGAUCGCUCCAUUGAUCACAUUAGACUGCCUUCUAUGGCUUGGCAGUGGGAAGGUCCUUGGCAACUUGAAUUAACAUUGGAUGGACAGCCAUUAGACCAUGAUGGCUGGACAUAUGCUGUUGAUUUUCCAGCUCAAUUUGGUCCCGCUAAACAAUGGAAAUCCUGUGUCAGAAGAAGGAAAUGGAUAAGGUAUAGAAAAUUUAGUGCUAUGAAUUCAUGGUGUGCAAUAGCUCCAUUACACAAGGAUCCAACUCAAGAACCAUUUAUUGAUAUUAGUAUAGGUGGCAAUCAAAUGCCGUAUGCCUCACCAGGAACCCUUGUAGUGUGGGCUAUUACUGCUCAAGGUCGGGUUAUGAAUAGAACAGGUGUUAGUACAACUUCGCCUGAAGGGUUGAAAUGGAUAAAUAUAAGCAUUCCACCAAAUUGUGAUAUAAAACAGAUUUCUGUUGGCCCAACUGGUUUAGUUUGGGGCCUUCUGUGGACAGGACGCACAAUAGUUAGAAAAGGUGUAACAAAAGAUUGUCCAACAGGAGAUUCUUGGUUAGAAGUAAAACCUCCACAAGAUACAAAACUUAUUUGUAUUUCUGUAGGCUACAACGUAGUAUGGGCUGUAAGCUCUGAUUCCAGAGUGUGGUUUCGAAAAGGAGUGGAAGGAAACAAUUCGGGAACAUCAGAGUCGGCAGCUAUGGGUAAUGGGUGGUUAGAAAUCACUGGUAAUAUGAUUCAUGUUUCAGUUGGAAUCAAUGAUCAGGUGUUUGCUAUAGGAGAAUUUGAUAAAUGCAUUUAUUGGAGGUGUGGAAUUACUGCAGCAGAGUUAACUGGAAAAAAAUGGAAAAAGAUACAAGCAAAUAUGCAACUCAGUCGUACUUCUAGCUCAGCAAGUGUGGUUUCAUCAUCAUCAAAUACUAAACAUCAUAGCUUGACCACAUUGAGUGAGACAGAGCCUGAAAAAAAAACCAAUUUGCAUUUAAGGAAUUCAUGGGAAGAGUCUCAUUCUGCUCCUAUAGAACAUACUCUACCAGUGAAACCACAAAGACAGUCAAGACCCCGCAGUCAGAUAAAUACAGAAAAAAUUGAUUUGACUGGUAAGAGUUAUGAGACUACUUUAAAAAAUCCACGAGCUUGGAGUCCUGUAAGAAGUGUUGGUUCAGUAGUGGGUAUGGAAGCACAACCAGAUAGUGACAGUAGCGUAUUUGAUGUGGAUUCAGGGAUGUUAUUUGAUGAUGAGAUAAGUCAAACAGCCUGGGGUUCCUGUGAGACAACAUGGUCUUAUGUUGAAGCUGGAGCAUGUUUGGUUGAUACCGUUCAAAUUCCACAUUGGUUUGCAGACUCCCAUAAGGUCCAAAAUUCUGAUAUAACUGCUGGAUGGAGGAUACAAAUUUUGGAUUAUUUAAGAAAUAGAAAUAAAAACCAAAGCCUUGAUUUCUCUGAUUAUGGAAUUGCUGUAGAAGACAAAGGUUGGACGCGUAGCUGUGAAGCCAGAUUAGUUCAAGCGAACAAUAGUACAGAAGAAUGUAUCAUAUCAUUAUAUUGGUUUGACUUAGAGAAUACUGGGACAUUGUCUGUUUUCCAACCAGAUGGCACAAUCAAAUUUAUUUUAAAUCUUGAAGAGCUAACCAGUGUUUUUGUUUCAUCUGAACCUGGUUGUCCAAGAAUAGUACUAGCAGUACCACGUCAAACUGAGUGUUCCAUUAAAAUACAGUUCAUGACAGAAUUUGAACAAGAAGAAUGGCUAAAAAUGUUAAUUGAUAUAAUUUCGCAGAUUAAUGGAGUUACUGGAAAACCAUCUGCUAACUCUGUUUGGGCUAUUACAAAUGCAGGUGAUAUUCUCAAUUGGGACCCCUUGCCUGCUAAAUUGAGCAAUAAAAAAGAUGGAAUGUACAAAAAAGAAUUCCCAGUGUUUGGAAAAAAUAUUUUGUCAGGGUACUCAACCAGUCUACACAACAACUUUCCCCCUGGCAGUAUCUUGAAAAUUGUAGGAUGUUUAUUUGAUGAGGUGCAAAGAUUUUAUAUAGAUUUUACAGGGCCAGAAGUCAAAAAACAAAGACAUAAAAUUGAAACUGAAGUGUCUGAAAUCCCUUUUCAUUUCAAUGUCAGAUUUGAUGAAAAGAUUGUAGUCUGUAAUACAAAAAAUUUUGGAAGCUGGGGAACUGAAGAACGGCAUGAACUUCCACUAGCUGUGGGACAGGAAUUUAACAUUGAAAUUUAUUGUCAUGCACAAGCCUUUAGUGUCAUAAUAAACAAUAAAAGUUACUGUAUUUAUGAACACAGACUGAAUCCAGAGAGUAUUACUAGUGUCACAAUACAAGGCCCCUUGAAGCUUUACAGCAUGGAAUACUGUACAACUAGUGUUAUAAUUGGUGCAGAUGAAAUGUUUUGGCGUUUGAUGGGUGGACAUUUACGACGUGUUGAAUGCUGUGAAGCUGAUGUCGUAUGGGGAAUAUCACAUGAUCAUAGAGCAUGGGUAUAUACAGGUGGUUGGGGAGGAGGAAUGUUUCAAGGAAUAUCCAGUAAUACUGGUAUACAUGCUAUGACCGAUACACAUACUUAUUGUGUCUAUGAGAAUCAACGAUGGAAUCCGCUGACUGGUUAUACAUCCGCUGGCUUGCCAACUGACCGUUACAUGUGGAGUGAUAUAACUGGCAAGCACAAAAGAACAAGAGAACACACUAAACUUCUCAAUCGCCAUUGGCACUGGAUUUCAGAAUGGAUGAUAGAUUACAAUACACCUGGUGGUGUGGAUAAUGAUGGAUGGCAAUAUGCAACAGACUUCCCCGCACCGUACCAUGGCAAAAAACUAUUCACUGAUUGCGUUAGGAGACGAAGAUGGUAUAGGAAAGCGCAAAUAAAUACGGAGGGACCGUGGAUUCGUGCUGGUAAUACGGCAUUAUUGGAUAUUUCACUAUGGGCUAAGGGUGAUGAAGUGUCUGUUUGGGCAGUAACUGUACCGGGAGACGCGAUAUAUAGGACUGGAGUAACACCCUCAACUCCAACAGGCAAUCACUGGGAACAUAUAGAUAGCCCUCAACUACUUAUGGCUAUAAGUACAUGUAACAAUGUGGUCUGGACUAUAGGAAGGAGAGGUGAAUUAUACCAUAGGGAAGGCAUCAGUGUGGAGAACCCUGGAGGAACCACUUGGAAAUUAAUAGAACCACCAAAAAGUAAUUUAUAUAGUCACAAAACUACUGGUGCCAAAGUUAUUUCAUUAGCUACAACAGUUGCUUGGGUAGUGAUGUCAAAUGGUGCUGUUGCUGUAAGAACACAGAUUUCAAAAGAGCAGCCUGGAGGCAAAGAAUGGAGAUAUAUAACAGAUAGCGAAAUAAGUUUCAAACAUAUAUCGAGCGUGCACAAAGACGUGUGGGGUGUCAGUACGGACGGAACGCUGCAGCGGCGUCUCGGCGUGACCGCAGACAAUCCGGCGGGCUCGUCGUGGCAGCGCGUGCUUACCGGAGCUGCGGUGUACACCUCGGCACGAGGAGGAUCAUUGUGCUAAUUAUAAUAUAAAAAACAAACAUGUGCUUGUAAAAAGACUAGGGAUGCUGACAAAUUUGUUAAUGAUUAAAUAACAUUAAAAUAUGUUUUGUUGCUAUCAUAAAAAAAAUAAUUAAACGACUUCUUAGCUGUCGUUUAAUUUUAAAAUGCCUGAGGUUCGUGUAAUAAAGUUUUAAAAAUAUAUAUCGAAUUGGUAUCUAGGAUGCCGGAAACAUGUAUCAUAAAAGAAUGAAUGUAAAACCAGUAUGCAUAGUGAGAGUUUUUUAACGUUCUCGAUCACGUAAAAGUCAACUCAAAUUUGUAUGCAGUUGGAACAGCGCCCCUAGCGGCAAACGUAGUCAAAGUUUCCAACUCCAUACAAAUUUCAGCAAACUUUUACGCAGAAAUAUUUAAUGUUUUUCACGUAAUUUUUUACUAUGACGGGGACUCGAACCUCAACUCCGUGGUAUUUGUAUUAUACUUAGUGACUAACUACUUGAGAACGAGGCGGUCGAACAAAUAAAAAACCAUUAUUAUUUGUCAACAUCCUUAAUGACACAUGUACAUUGACAUACAUACAUUGUACAGCUUAAGCUACGAAAUUUAAAUGAAAUUGAAAUACUGCCAGCAUACUCUACAAUCAACUAUUUUAUAAGCGUAUGAAUGUAUAGAAAUGUUUCAGUGCAUUUAUUUUGUCUUUAGAAUUAAUUUAUAUACAGGUACUGAUCUUUUUAGUUUUUCAAAACAAUAUUUAAAAAAAAAAACGCAUCGGGAUUGGUGCACAUAUUUUAUUACUGUUCUAUAUUUAUAAGUCCAUUUUUCAAUUUAUUGCCAAUGAUUAGAGUAUGUCACUAAAACCUCUCAUGUAAACUGCCUAUGUUAUUGCCGCAUUAUAAAUAUAUAAGCGCCAGCAAUGAAAUCCAAUAAUAAAAUAUUAUUAUAUUAUUAUCGUAAUGACUAAGUGCUGGUUCAGGCCGAAUCGCGGUUGCAGUCUCGAAAUAUCUCCAUAUUACAAUUUCCUUGUCGCUUAUCCUUUGGGAUCUGUCACAGCUGAUAAUGACAUUAAAUUGCCGUCGCCAUGCAUGCUCGACGUGGCGAUUAUUUUAUGUGUACCGUACACUAUUUAAACAAGAACAGUGUGCUUAGUGCGAGUUUUUUACCUUCUCGAUCGCGUAAAAGUUAACUCAAACUUGUAUGGAGUCGAACAGUUUCCCUUCGUUUUCCGCAAGGGGCGCUGUUCCAACUCCAUACAAACUGUUUGUGUUGAAGUAGCUUACGGUUUACGCGCUGGCGCCAUUUCAGUAGACUCCUGUCUAUAUUUCAGUCUGAAUGUGAAUUGAGGCUUGAAUAAAAAAAUUACAUGUUACAUGUGUGAUAUAACGUGACCGCGGCCGCGAGUCUGUGUGGACAUAUUAAUUAUUUUAUUUAAGAAAACUAUAAACUUUUACACGAAAACUUAUAUAGAUAUCUCGUUUUUUUUUGUCAAAUAAACAAUGUUCCGCCUUUGAGUACAUAACCAAUAAAAAACUAAAUUGCCUAUCAUUUAUGUACAAAGCAGUUAUUGUCGCUUAGUCACUUUUGCCUUUCAAGCGUCGAUAUGCAUAUUUACAUGCGAAUGAAAUGCGAACGAAACCGUACAUGUAGGUAGAUUGCUAGCCGCGUUUAAUUCGCGGCUGCCUGCACGUCUAUAGGCUCUGCUAAUGUGAUCUGGAAACGUUUGAAGAAACUGUUUGAUAUUAUGCGGCUAUCUUAUUUAUUACACAGUUUACUGCUCAAUAUAUUAAUUUAAUAUUUAGUAAUAAUAACAACCCGUGGACCUGUUAUAGACAUCUUUGAAUGUUCCAUAUGUGAAAACAUUACGUUCUUUUUUUAAUGAGGUAUUAAUAAUGAGGCUGUUAUAUUCGAGUAUUUUAUUUUUAAGUCCAGUGAAAUUUAAAAUUAAUUGUAUCACGGAUCUCGUUCUGGUCCUAAGACAUUUUUGUUUCUUAAUUAUUCCCAAAAAUUUAAACAUAUAUUUCAUAUUAUUUAAAUUAUUAUAUAAAAUGUAAACAAGUACGCUUUCGCUUAACAUUGCCAAGAAAAAUUAUUGAUAUUAUUGUUUGAACUAGAGGCCUUUAAAUGCAGUAGAGCUUGAUCGAUUCAUUUAGUGACAGCAUGGCUGGCACACCGGUGGCAGUGCGAACAUAUUUUCAUGACAGUCCAGUGUUGGAUUAAAUAGUGUUAUUUAUUAGUCCUUUCCAUGAGCUAAGGCCGCGUGACAUGAUGAUUCUUUGUAAGCGGGGGUCAUAUGGUUUUUUUUGUUAAAUUGUUACUACAAUAAAUCUGCCACUUUCAAUUAAUUUCAUAAUCCUAAAGUCUAUAUACGCGUGAUUAAGGUGAUGCUACCCCGUGUAACCAGUAACUAAGAUAAAUUAAAAUGUAACCAGUCACUAGGUGGAAAAAAAAUCAUUUAAAAUGACCUGGGCGAAUCGAUAUUGUACUCAUCGCGAUUAUUCAAGCCGCGUCCCAAUGAAAACGGACGUAAAAUUUGUAACAAUAGCUCGGAAAUAGUUUAUUAGUGCAAUACAUCAAUAUUGGCUUCCGUUUUAUUAAAAAUUAUUAUGGUAAGCUAUAUUGGAAAACGUAUAUUCAACAAAACUACAACUAUAAUUCGGAAUCUACUUCAAUUGUGCUCAUUUAUUUAAAUAUAUAAUAUUAAGGUGAUAUAAAUAAAUACUUCUAUCGGUAUUGAUUCAAAAGACAUUUCUAGUCAUCUUUUGUUAUUUUCACGGUAUUAAACAAUCGUUUUAUUGAUUAAAAUAAUGUGAAACCAAAUUAGCUUUUGCUUAAAUUGUGUAAUUUCUCAAAAAUAUAAUUAUAACAAAUUUGACAA